GCAGAUCAACGGUGGGUGAGAGAUUCGUCGGAUUACCAUCAUAGCUGGGGUGACGAUGGCGAAGACGGGAUCGUCUUCGGCUGCCAUUGCAUGGUUGUUCUGGCUGCUGAUCCUGUUUAUCGUGAGCGUAAUUGUCAUCAUGAUGAGCUGCACCUGCGCGAGUACCACCGCAGCUAUGGGAAUCACCCGCUCGCAGCUGCGAAAGUGGUAUGCCGGCGAGCGUGAGCUCGACCCUUUGUACUCAUCAGCGACGGAGAUGGGGGAGAGGGCAAAGCCUCCAGAGCCAACGCGUGUCCUUCUAUCCAAUCCCUGUGGUGCCAGUUUCCAAAUCGGGAACUCUGAUCUGCUGAGUUGCGCUGCGGAAUUUGGCAGCGAUGACCUUGUCAGCAACGACUUCGCCUUUCCGCCGCCUGAUGAGUGGCUCACCUGGAGCGCGGCGUUGUCACCAAAGGACACGUGGAUGUUCGUCCUCGUCGCCGAUCGCGUCUGGUUGCGGAGAACGAACGGAGAAGGCAUCCUGCUGCCCUCUGCGAAUGGCACUCUGUUUGCUGGGCCUUGGCCGCCUCCCAACAACGGCGRUCUGGCUGUGGUGGCGMUUGCUGUGUAUGAUCCGGACCUGAGUACMGAUGGUUCCAAUACCACCGCCGCAGGGAAGACAGUAGGUAGGCGAGUCCUCUUCGUGUCGGAUGCCGCCAACCUCAUGCUUCGGGUUUUCUUGGUGCCGUCACCAGAAAAUGCCGCCGCCGCCAUGGCCUCACCAGAGAGUGCCAGCGCACCAACGAAAUCUUACGAGCUGUCAUACUUUAACUUCACCGACGGGAAACCGAUCUAUAGCCUCGCAUGCGAUUCCAUGCGCCAUGUUUUGUACGCUACUUCAGAGAGUCAGGUUCUGAAGAUGACACUCGAAGGAACGGUAGAGUUCGUGGGGGGUGGGGUAGCAGGAGGGGAGGCCACCAGCGUGAGACUCGUUUCUGAGAGGGCCACGUUCCAAUCCUGGAUUGGAUCUAGCCUCAGUGUCGGUKACAAUGACGGCGGCGAUGAUUCUCGCACCGUCCGAUUCAACGAGCCUUUCGUGAGCUCGUCCGCCAUAUCCACGGACGGAGAGAUACUGUACGUUGYUGAUCGAGGCAACGACAUCAUUCGGCGAAUCUGGACCGUGAACGGCAGUGUGGAGACCAUCGCUGGACAAGCGGGAAAGGCGGGUGCAAAAGAUGGCGCCUUGUUGAGCGCGAUCUUGAAGCAACCGCAGGGAUUGGCACUGAUGCCUGAUGGGUGCAACAUGUUUAUCUCUGAGUUCGCCGGAGGCAGAAUCAAGUUGAUUCACUUCGACAGCGUUGGCAAAGGCAGUUCCAGCGGCGAAGUUACGACGAUCGCCAGUAUAUCAGCACGGGGAUCAGGUAGGGACUCGUCGCAAGGCUGGGACUUGUCGUCACUUUCGAUGACUCCUAAUGCCGGGACUCUUUAUGUGGCCGGAUCGAAUCAGAAACUUUUUCAGCUAACUGUUAAUAAGGCGGCCCUGCCUCCUUGUUCGUCUUCCGUUACAGCCGCUCCUUCCCCUAGCUCUGACACCGGUGCCGCUCCUUCCCCUGGCUCUGACACCGGUGCCGCUUCUUCCCCUGGCUCUAACACGGGCGCCACUCCUUCCCCUUCCCCUGACUCUAACACGGGCGCCGCUCUUUCCCCUCGCUCUACCACCAGCAAUUCCGUCACCAUCAUCGGUGUCGCCGUCGGCCUGGGGUUGCUCGUCGGAGCCGCCGCCAUCGCUGCCUCUUGCAUCGUCAUCGUCAGACGGCGUCGUGGGGGAAUGCAGCUGGGGAAGGUGUCAAAGCGCUUCCUGUCUGGGGUUAAGGGAGCGGAGCUGCUCGUAGGAGGAAUCAGCCCUUCUCCCGCCGAUACGACGCCCGUUACCAGUCUAGCGGACUGGAGUCUUAGCCAGCCAUCGGUGGAUCGUGAGAACCCUCCUUCUGGGGGUUCUGCUGAGGCCGGUAGUCGCGAGCUUCAGCCGGCCGGUCCCAGACGCUACUGCCUUGCUGAGCUUAGGACUGCCUGCGAUGGGUUCAGCCAGAGGCGGCUGCUAGGACAAGGAGGAGCCGCGGAGGUGUAUAAGGGAGUGCUCAGCGGCGGGGAAGUGGUGGCCGUCAAGCUGAUGAAGGGGGAGGAGUUCUCUGCAGGCAGGUUUCGGCAGUUCCAGGCAGAGCUGGCGGUGCUGGGUUCGCUUCGGCACCGCCACCUCUGCAGCAUUGUCGGCUACUGCACAGAGAAAGACAGGUCGUUGAUCGUCUAUCCAUUCCUAGGAGGAGGGACGUUAUACGAUCGUCUGCACUCGCCAUCAUCGCGUCAUCAUCCUGCCGUCCCAGCUGCGGACGGAGAGACUCAGUGGAUUGGCAAACCUACCAAGUCCAAAAGUGUAGACGAAGAGGAGCGCAGUAGUAAUGCUGCGGAGGAGGAGGGAAAUAGUAAUACUACCGUCAGGGCGUACCUGUCCGACUUCGGAUUAGCAAAACUUGGACAGAGUGUUUUUGGGGAGGAAACGGCGGGAGAGACGGUGGAGACGUACCACGUGGCCGGGACUAUGGGCUACAUGGCCCCCGAGUACUUCCGCGAUGUCCGACUGACAGUAAAGAAUGACGUGUACGCCUUCGGGGUGCUGCUGCUGGAGCUAGUCUCAGGGCGAAAGCCGUUCGGGGAACGUUCCUGCCACCUGGGGGAGGAGGAGCGGAAGGAGAAGGAAGAGCGGGAGGGCAGCAAGGCUCUUGCUGAGUGGGUAAGGAGAAAAUUGGUCCAACUUUCGCGGGAAGAGGAAGGUGGGGAACGUGGCCAGCAAUCUGAUGAUGUCUCUGUAAAUCUCGCGCUUGUGAGGACAGAGCAUGUCCAGCAGAUAGCCGACAGGAGGUUGGAGACACUGGGUGUUGUAGAUUGGGGGGCGGUGUACAGCAUGUUCGAGGUGGCGAUGAUGUGUGUCCAAGACGACCCUAAUCAACGGCCCUCGAUGAAUGUCGUCUUGCAAAGACUAUCGCAGCUGUCAAGGGGAGUUGCCGUGGGUAUGGUAGGCUGACUACUUGUGUUCCACAGAAAGUUGCAUCGGCGCUGCGUUAGCGCAGCGGUGCGUAAGCCGGCCGGGGUGCUGGCCGCGAAUGCGCCCGCUUUGAAUUUUUGUUGACGUCGCGGCGCUGUUCCAGUGUCCGCGCCGUCGGGGGCGAUGCUUGGGCAACGGGGGAUCGCACGGGUGCUGUCGAGAAGAUGGUGGCGCCUACCCAGAGCUUGUUGCUGGGGAGGUGGGAGUGUGGGGGAUCGAGUGCGUGGGCACUAAGUGGGUCACGCUGUUGCCAUGGGCCAGUCCCGGCUGACUGGGGGGGGGGUAGUAAUCCCGUUUGAACGAAAAGGUAUGGUGGUAGAUGUGUGGACGUCCGACGGGCGGGAUCCGAGCAUCGCGUUUUUCCAGAGUCUCAGCUGGUUAAUUCUGAUUCACACACCUGAUCGAGGGCUUGGCCCUUCGGUCUUAGAAAUGGAGGUGCCGUGGGGAUGACCUGCGUGCGAGCAAUUGUGGGCGGCCUGCGGCUGAAGUUCGAAAGUUGAUGUGCGAUGGCGUGCGAGCUACAUGAACGGUUCAUGCUGCUUCCUUGAUUCUGCUGGGCUAUAGAACCUAUUGGAAACUAGGGUUGAAUGAUUGGGGUUUGCAAUUGCUGUUCUGUUGGGUUAUAGCGUUGAAUGAUUGGGGUUUGCAAUUGCUGUUCUGUUGGUUUAUAGCGUUGAGCUGUUAGGAAUUGCAUCGAUAGGCUUACGUUGAUUUUGUUGUGUUGUAGAAACUAGAAUAGGUUUAUGUUGGUUCUAGUAGCUACUAGGAAUUGCAUCAAUAGGCUUAUCGAUAGGCUUAUGGUUGUUUUCUGUUCUCUUUGGAGACAAUAGGAGUUAUGUUUUGAGUGGAUGUAGCGAUGGUGUUUGUCUCGGACAGCAGUUGGGAUGGGCGAGAUUGUCAUCAGUUCUAUCUGUAGCUAGGGUUUUCGCGUUUGCUUCAUUGUUUCGUUGAGACUUCUCGCGUUUGCUUCAUUGUUUSGUUGAGCCUUCUCUAUGAUGUAAGGGACGCCGGACCCGGUUUCCGGUUCUUGUAAUUCGCAAGCGGCCGUUGCAUG